AUGUCUACUCCAGUUCAAUCCUCAUUGGCCGGCCUCAAGGCAUCCACUGCUCAGCUUGUGGGCAUCAUUGCCGGCGCUCGGCACAUCCCGGCCGGCACAGUGGACGUCCACCUUGCUCUGACAAAACAGGUCACCACUCUUUUGGGUGACAUCAUCCAGGCGCAGGAGAAAGGGGAUUACAUCCCUGGCAUUGUGGCUUCCUGUUCUAAGGAGCUGAUGAGGGUGCAUUCCAGCACUCCCCGGGUGUUGCCCGACUGGCACAGCAUUGGCCAUAAUGACCCCCAGGUGUCGAGACACGCCUGGCACAAGCAGGUUCAUGCCUGGGAGGCGUUGGGUGACAAUUCCUGUGAUCUCCCUGUUGUUCCUAAUCCUUCCACUGGCCCACUGACUGUCAACCUUCCGUCUCCACCUGUCCCUUCCCCUGCACCUGUCCUUCCCUCCCCUCCCGUCAUCGCUGGCAACAUCGCUGGUUCAUCCGGCGAGACGACCUCCGAGUUCCAGGACAAAGGAAAAGGUAAGGUGGUUGCUGUUGACCUUGAGCCGGAAGUCGGAGGGAGCAGCAAGAGGAAGUCUCCCAUGAUUUCUGGACACUCCUCCCAACCUCUGAAGUCAGCGAUGAAGGGUCGCAAGUGCGUCAAGUCAACUCGACUCGCCAAGUCGAAGCCGUUUGUGGAGUUGGAAGAUGAUGAAGAAACAAUUGUUCAGCUGAUUUUGCGUGGAGUGCCGGAGGUCGUCCUUCCCCAGCUCUCCACCAUUGUUGUAAGGACGCCCCAGUUGCCUCGGUCACCUGGUUCCCCCAAGAAGCAAUCAUUUGGGCCUGCUUCACUGACUGCCGGCAGUCGUCCGGAGGUCAUGACAUCUCCCAUCAGUCGACUGGAGGCUCCAGCAACCUCCGGCAGUUGUCCAGAAGUCGUCAAGUCCUCUGAUGGUACUUCCAGCACUUCGGAUGGUGAACCCCUGGCCAAUCCCACAUUUGAUAUCACCAUUUCCGGCCCAGUCGGCGUAGUGGGAACUAGGAUAGUUCUUCUCAGCGACGAGUCGAGUGACUCUACUGAAGCUGAGCGUGGUCUAGCCUUGACGGAACGUCAAGGAUUCCUCCGGCGAUCUCGGGCUAGCGGAUACGUGCAAAGUCGUACGGGGACGACGAUGAAGUGCGGUCUCACACAAGGAAGCUUGUUAGGCUUAGAUGAGCAAGUUCUUGGUAGAACCUAG